AGUUUAUUAUUCGCGAGAGAUUUUUUAUCGCUGCACCGGCAGUAUAAAUAUUGCGAUGUGCGUAUGGAAGGAUUCAGUCUUGUGAAUAGUUUCUCUCCGUGGAAGUUAUUGGGAAUCAAUCGAAAUGAAGAGCGCUUUGGUCGUCGCGUUCCUCUUCUUCGCCUACGCUAGUGCGGAUACCGUGGAUAUCUACUUGGAAUACACUAAGGAUGCGCAAACAGCCUGCGCGAAGGAGAUGGGUCUCCCUGAGAAGACACCUCGAGAAACAUUCGACACGGACGUUAAAACGGGAGUAGACGGAGCCACUUGUUUGCGUGCUUGUACGAUGGAGAAAAUGGGUCUGUUAAAAGACUCGACGCUGGUAGAAGAAAAAAUGCACGACUUCGUUAAGAUGGUGCACGCAAAGAAUCCAGAAAUGCUUUCGGCCGUGCAGAAAGUAACAACGGAGUGCAUAGAAACAGUGAAACCUGUGACCGACAAAUGCAAAAAGGCGUUUUCCUUCGCCGAAUGUUUCCUGAGCAAGCAGUGAAGUGAACUCUGAUCUUAAUGCACUAGAUUAAAAUAAAUAUCAAUGAAUAUAAAUAUCGAUUGAAUAAUAUGACUAUAGAAGAGAUUACAGAUACUUUUCCCGUACAGAUUUUGUU